AGCAGGAGCGCGGAAGUUGUUUGAAGUUUGUCUGGACCCUUUUUUGAAAGAAGCCCUGACGUCAGGCCGGCGGAGUCGAGCCUGUGGACUUUCCUUUGCCUGGCCGGAGAGGGAAGUAGCGGCCGUUAACACUGGCGUGGCCGGCGGGAGAUAACGCGGGCUGCAGCGAGUGAGCGGGCACCUCAAGAGGAAUUGAAAUACACGUGAUGUGACACUGUGGAUGACGACACUGAAAGAAAGCAAAAAGUAAAAAGGAUUUAUUCCUUGAAUAGCUGGAAUAGUUUUAAACGUGGAGACUUCGUCUGAAAUCCACAGUUUUACAGGUCUUGACUCUAAACCACAAAGAUGUCUGAUGAACGUCGAGAUAGCUCGAGCAGCUUACAGAGGAAAAAGCCGCCUUGGCUUAAGCUGGAAAUUCCUGCCAAUCAGCCACCAGUGGAGGAGCCACCUUUGCCGUCUUUAAGGCACCAACACUACCUGCGAAGUGUCAGCAUGCCACCUGAAAACACAAGGGUACCAUCUCCACCAAAUGAGCAAAGGCGGCCUACGUUCCAGAGGCAGACCUCUAUAACCCAGACCAUCAAAAGGGUGCGGUUUGAAAGAAUUAACACAAUGCCUAUAAAAGGUCACAGAGCUGGUAGGAGCCCACCGAAAAGGCACCAGUCUUUCUCUGCCAGAUCUUUGCUGAGAGGUACCGCUGAUUGGUUUGGGGUUAGCAAAGAUAGUGAUACCACCCAAAAAUGGCAGAGGAAGAGCCUUCGCCACUGCAGCCAGAGGUACGGCAAGCUUAAAUCACACGUCAUCCGUGAAAUGGAAUUACCUAGUCAAGACAACAUCUCGCUCACCAGCACUGAAACCCCCCCUCCUCUCUAUGUGGGGCCACAGUUUGGCAUGCAGAAGAUUGUAGACCCACUGGCCAGAGGAAGAGCUUUUCGGAUGCCAGAUGAAAAUGACGGCUACAGUGUUCCCCAUACUCCAAUCACGCCUGGUGCUGCAUCCCUGUGUUCCUUCACCAGCUCUCGCUCUGGAUACAACCGUAUUCCCAAACGAAGAAAGAGGGAAUCUGUGGCAAAGAUGAGUUUCAGGGCAGCAGCAGCCCUGGUAAAGGGGCGAUCUCUCAGGGAAAGUACAACAAGGAGAGCUCAGCGACGCAGCUUUACCCCUGCCAGUUUUGCAGAAGAAGAAACUGUGGAUUUCCCAGAUGAGUUGGAUACCUCAUUUUUUGCAAGGGAAGGAGUCCUACAUGAAGAGCUGUCCACUUACCCCGAUGAGGUAUUUGAGCCUGCGGAAGCUAUCACUGCGAAGGAGACCGAGGGCAAUUCUCUGGAUCAGACCGAUUUAACCGGCAGCGCCUUGGACAAAAGUGAACUUGAGAAGAGUCACCUCAUGCUCCCAUUGGAGCGAGGCUGGCGGAAGCAAAAAGAAGGCGCACCUCCUCACCCCAAGGUGCGUUUAAGGCAGGAGGUGGUCAGCGUGAGUGGCCAGAGGAGAGGUCAACGCAUUGCAAUACCAGUCAAGAAACUGCUUGCCAAGGAGAAGAGACCCUAUGGACUAGGAAUGGUGGGAAAGCUAACAAAUCGAACAUAUCGCAAGCGAAUAGACAGCCAUGUGAAGAAACAAAUAGAUAAUAUGGAUGAUCACCGGCCGUUUUUCACGUACUGGAUUACGUUUGUGCAUAUACUGAUCACUAUCCUAGCUGUAUGUAUCUAUGGAAUUGCUCCAAUAGGAUUUUCUCAACAUGAAACUGUAGAUUCAAUUUUAAGAAAUAAAGGUGUCUAUGAAAAUGUUAAAUUUGUACAGCAAGAAAAUUUCUGGAUUGGACCAAACUCUGAGGCUUUAAUCCACCUUGGAGCAAAGUUCUCUCCUUGCAUGAGGCAGGAUUCACAAGUGCACGAUUUAAUCACCCAGAUGAAACAAGAGGAAUACAAAUCUGCUUGCUGUGUGCGGAACGACAAGUCAGGGUGCGUUCAAACCUCAGAGAAAGAAUGCUCGACUACGCUUGCUGUAUGGGUGAAGUGGCCACAUCACAGUAGCACUCCGACACUGAGCGAUGGAACUCUCCGCCGUCAAGGUUCAGUGUGCCAUCAAGAUCCAAGGGUUUGUAUUGAACCUGGCUCUGUUCCUCCUCACGUUUGGCCUGAUGACAUCACCAAAUGGCCGAUUUGCACUAAAAGUACUGCUGGAAACCACACAAACCUUCCACACUUGGACUGUGUGAUCACAGGCCGGCCCUGCUGUAUUGGCACCAAGGGAAGAUGUGAAAUUACAUCAAGGGAAUAUUGCGAAUUCAUGAAAGGUUAUUUCCAUGAGGAAGCAACACUCUGCUCUCAGGUGCAUUGCAUGGAUGACGUAUGUGGACUUCUACCAUUCCUCAAUCCUGAAGUGCCUGAUCAGUUUUACAGACUCUGGCUUUCACUCUUCCUCCAUGCUGGGAUUCUCCACUGCUUUGUGUCCAUCUGCUUCCAAAUGACAAUCCUUAGGGACCUGGAAAAAUUGGCGGGGUGGCUUCGGAUAUCUAUAAUCUACAUCCUGAGUGGGAUUACAGGAAACCUGGCCAGUGCCAUAUUCCUCCCUUACCGAGCAGAGGUUGGACCAGCAGGAUCACAAUUUGGUAUCCUUGCCUGUCUUUUUGUGGAGCUCUUCCAGAGUUGGCAAAUCCUAGCAAGACCUUGGAAGGCAUUUGUCAAACUGGUGGCUCUCGUCCUCUUCCUCUUCGCCUUUGGUCUCCUCCCGUGGAUUGACAAUUUUGCCCAUAUAUCUGGCUUCAUCAGUGGAUUCUUCCUAUCAUUUGCCUUCCUCCCAUAUAUCAGCUUUGGGAGAUUUGACUUGUACCGCAAGCGAUGUCAGAUCAUGAUCUUCCUUGUCAUCUUUGUAGGACUGUUUGCAGGACUAGUGGUCUUGUUUUACGUCUACCCAAUAACUUGUGAAUGGUGCGAAUACCUAACUUGUAUUCCUUUCACAGAUAAAUUCUGUGAAAAAUAUGACCUCAAUGCACAUCUACAUUAGUCAGUCUUCAAGGCGCAUCAAUCAAUGUUACAGAUUUGGUUGUCAACAGUAUUUGCAUCAUGGAGUCCUUAAGAAGAAUUUACCAAGAUUUUGAUGGUGAUAUUCAAGUAAUCCUUCAACUCCUCACCUGAUGUCUUUUUUAAUUAAAAAAAUAAUUACACUUAGCAUUUGAUGCUCAAGUUACAUCUCUGGACUGUGGACACCAUCUCUAAGUAUGACCUACGUGCCUUCCCCAUUAUUUUUGAACCAAUGUUUUGUGCUGCCAAUUUUGUAUUACACUAGUUUUAGCACUAAAUCAAAUCUUGUAUUGUUUACUACUGCUAAAGUGGUGAUAAAUUGCAGGUAGUGUUUUAGCUACCAUCUGACUGGACUGCAAGUUUGCAGAAUACAUCAUCGAAGCCUUACUGAGUCUUCAGUUUUAAAUUUGAAUGUUGUCAUCAUCUUUCCCUCGGCUUGCUCUUGAAAUGAUACCAUCACAUAUAAGAUUUCAAGAAUAGAAGAUCGCUGUUAAACACAUGAAAUUUUACAUUUAUAAUCAUUUCAGGAAAAUCUAACUCUUGUCACACCCUCCUCCUCACUUCCCACUUAUUGUGAACUCUGCCAUUUAUUUGAGUUUGGAAAUUUUUAGAAUCAUCGUAUUCCUGGUUUCAGGUAGAUAAGUCACAGACAUGGAAUUUCAACCUAAAUGGAUCUGGAUUAAAUUAAUACUCAUACCCAAUAUCAGAAUGAUGGAACUUAAAGAAAAAAAGGAAUCCUAGCCAUAACUGAAUUAUUGUUUCUUGUUUUCCAUUUCAUUCAUGAUGUAUUUUGAGGGAAUACAUUUUCUGCAAGUGACAGAAAUUGGAUCUGUGAUUAAACUUGAUAGUUUAUAAACACUAACCUUGUUUCUGACAACAAUAAAAGUUCAUUGGCUGUAUUAUAUGGUUGGAUUAUUGUUACAAACCACAAGGGUCUGCUUCACGUUUGGAAAUUAAGGUGCAAAGUUUUCUAAUACAAUCAAUUAAUUUUGAUAUUCUAGAGAUCCUCAAGAAAUGUAAUGAAGGCAGUCUGUUUCCAGUUUUACAUUGUGUCAUUCAUUCAUAGCAAAUCCAAGAUCCUCAUUGAAAAAUCUCUGGGUCUGAAUAGAGUGCCUCCCUUACUCCUUGGGUGAUGACCACAGACUCCCACUGGUGCCUGUACUUCAGCUGUUCUGGCUGCACAGUGGUGCAGUUGGGAGAUCUGCUUCCUCACAACUCCAAAGACCCAGAUUCAAAACUGAUCUUCAGUGUUGACUGUGUGAAGUUUGCACAUUCUUUCUAUGAUAGAUUUUCUCCAGAUGCCCCAAGUUUCUCCCAGGUCUCAAAGAUGUGCAGGCUGGCAUGUUAAUCAGCAAUUGUAAAUACCCCCUAGUGCAUUGGUAAGUGGUAGAUAGAAUCUGGAGUAAUUAAUAAGAUUGAGGGGAGAAGAAAAUAACAGGGUUAGGAUUUGUGCAAUGUGUACUUGAUGGUCAGUGUGGAUUUGAAUGGCUGAAGAGCCUUUUUCAAUACCACAUGAACUUACUUGCAUGGGCACACCUUCCUGUAGGAACCCUACACAACAGCUUGCUUGCUAUGCUGAAGUCCAUGUGGCAGGAGCCGUUUGCUCCCAAUCUCGGCUCACCCCAUUGAUGUGAUAGGGUGGUAUCACCACAAGAAAAGCAAGGUUGGGAAUAGGUGAGAUGGGCAGUGGGUGGUGUUCUCUGAGCCACUGCCUUGAGUUUUCUUUGUAAGGCACAGUUUUCCUGUCACCUCAUCCUCAAAGAUGCAUUGGAAAAUUCAACCAAAUAAAGUGAACGAGAAACAUAUGCAUUUAAUCAGUGAAAUA